GACUUUCUUUCUUUCCAUCCAGACAUCACAGUCAGCAUAUCUACUUGCAGCAUGAACCACUCGGAUGAAGCGUCUCUUGGAGCAGAAAUGGCUCCAGAGGAGUUUGGCGGUGGAACAUUGGUGGCGUGUCUGAUCCUGGGUCUGUCCUUCCUGAUCGGAGCUCCAGGGAACCUGCUUGUGAUCUGGACUAUCCUGAAGCAUGUUGAGCAGCGCUCCCACACCGUGGUUCUGAUCCUGCACCUGGCUGCUGCAGACCUGGUGGUUCUGAUCACAUUGCCUCUGUGGAUCUACUCCCUCGCGCACUCUUGGGUGUUUGGGGAGGCGUGCUGCAAAGCCAUGGUGUUCAUGAUCAACGCCUGCAUGUACAGCAGUGUUUUCCUCAUCACCCUAAUGAGUGUGGAACGUUUCAUCGUUGUGCGUUACCCAUUUGCCUCGGCUGUCUGGAAAAGGAAACAAGCACUGAAUAUAGUCCUGCUGGCUCUAUGGACACUAGCAUUCCUGUUCAGCAUUCCCAUUGUCCCAACUCAGGUUGUUGGGGAGAAUUUGGGGGAGAUGCACUGUCUGUUUCGCAGCUACACUUCUACGAGCCAGGAGCUGGUGUGUGUGUUGCUGGAGACGGUAAUGGGCUACAUUUUACCCUUCUCCAUCCUAGUGGUCUGCAACGGAUGCCUGUGCAGCCGCAUCACAAAGAUGAACUUCAGAUCCAAACACAAGUCCACCAUCUUGAUCACCAGUGUAGUCGUUGCCUUUGCCAUCUGUUGGACACCUUACCACGUGGGAAACAUCCUGUCGGUCAUCACCAUUGCUAUCGCAAACACCUUCGCAGAUGCAGCAGAGAAGCUGGAGAGCGUUCGGAACACCAUGGCUUUCAUCGCAGGAGCCAUGGUCUUCAUCAGCAGCACCAUCAACCCUGUUCUCUACAUGUUUGCUGCUCGUUCCUUCAGGAAUUCUCUGCGUGACACCGGCAUCCAGAAGCUCUUCCGUCACAUCUCCAGCACCUCUCCAGGAGAGGGUACAAGGGAGAUGUCCUUCGUGUCCAAGAGGCACAGCAAUCAGACCAACAGCUCUCAGUAUGCAGUUGAGUCAAACGACCAAAUUAAUAUGUUAAUGAAAAUGUGUGAAGAUAAUCAAGCUGCUGACACGGAAGUUGCAUGAGGACAGUGUGUGUGUGUGUGUGUGUGUGUGUGUGUGUGUGUGUGUGUGUGUGUGUGUGUGUGUGUGUGUGUGUGUGUGUGUUUUGAUGUAAAUGCAUUUAAAUAAAAGGAAAACAUCUCUGGAAUAAACCUCAUUUUGUACAAAGUAGAUGAACAUAUCUUCUAUGCAUGUAAAUUUCUCAAUUUAAAAAAUUCUUUUUAAUGUUAAUUUAUUUUUAUAAAAUUGUAUGUAUUCAGUGACCUUAUAACACACGUUUGAAUGUUGUUUAUCAUUUUAAAAGAAUAAAUAAGGCUGUAUGAGUAAGAUGUGUAGUUGUGUUUUAUGAAUUAUGAAGAAUCUGUAAAACUGUGAAAGAUUUAAUAGAUGAAAGGAUUCGCUCUUGGUAGGUUUUUAAUUUUCAUUUAAUUGUGUCACUGCCGUGUUCUUGCAUCACUAGAAUAUGUCCAUCAGCUUGCCAUCAUGAGGAUAAACAUUAAUACUACACCACGCUGACCGCAUGAGUCUGAUUUACUUCUUUUGCUGUUUUUUUAAUUUAUAAAAAAGCAAGUUUCUUAAAACUUGUGACAGAUGAGAAACUUUUUGUCCUCUUAUCCCAAAAACAGUAAAUAGUCAUGCUUUCAACUUCCUCUCAUAGAAAAGAUUGCCAAAUGAAAAACUGCAUGUUCCUUUUGUUGAGGUGGAAAAAAGAGGAAUUGUGCCCUAAUGUUUGUCACAACCCUAGAAUCCUUUAAUAUAAACUUAAUACAGAGAGGACACACUCUUCACUAGUGUUAAUAAAUAACAAUUCACCUUUUAUUUGUAUAAAUUGGGUGAUUAAUGCAUAUUCUAGCCAGCCAGUAGAUGGCAGCCACAACUACAUAAAAACUAUUUCUGAUGUUUUUAUAUUGCAUUUUUAUGAUGGCUAUUAUUUAUGCACCACCAGUUGAUCAAAUUAUUUUAUAGUUUAAAAAUGAAUCAAAGAAUAAAGCCAUUGAGCUUCCUUGCAUUGAUGGAAUUUAUUCAGGUAAAGCAAAUAAAUCAAGUCCUUAAAACUACUGCUGUUGGUUUUAUGUUGAGAUAAUUCAUUUCAAAAACAUGAAAUAAGUCAAAUGUGCACCAGGAUUCAUGUUAUGAUGCAACCAACAACCAUAUGUUUUAUUUCACAAUGACUCUGACUCAUCAGUGCUGAGUUUUGGGGGUAUUUUGCAACACAAGACACGUCAUUUCAAAUUUCUAAGAGAAGUGGUCUUCUAAAU